GUUGAUUGGUCGCGGCGCCGUGAGGGGCGGGCCGAGCGCUGCGGCGCCGCUGGGUUACAUAGGGCGGGGUACGGUGUGUCCUUGGGCUCAGACGCCGGGUGGUGCGGGAGCAACCGGGGCAGUGGUUACCGCGUCAGCAGGGCGGCCGGACGGGCAGUACUGAAAAUGGGAGAUAUUGAGAAGGGCAAGAAGAUCUUUGUGCAGAAAUGUUCCCAGUGCCAUACAGUUGAAAAGGGCGGCAAGCACAAGACUGGACCCAACCUGCAUGGCCUGUUUGGACGCAAGACUGGACAGGCUGAGGGGUUCUCUUACACAGAUGCUAAUAAGAAUAAAGGUAUCACCUGGGGUGAGGAUACUCUGAUGGAGUAUUUGGAAAAUCCAAAGAAGUAUAUCCCAGGAACAAAGAUGAUUUUUGCGGGUAUUAAGAAGAAGGCUGAGAGAGCAGACUUAAUAGCAUACCUCAAAGAUGCCACUGCAAAGUAAAAGUUAUCUGCUGCCUUAUUUAUUUCACGGAGGAGAUGGCUAUGGAAAUGUCUGUGAUGAGUUUGGUUUUUAAACUUUCUAUUUUUACAUGUACUGUGUCUAACCUUAAAAUCUGUCUCACCCAUCAGGUAACAUUGCUCACGAUGGGUCGCUGGAGUACAUGCUUGUUUGGCAGCCAUUAACUUAAUGGGAACUAUGUAAUUGGGUUGAUUUCAGUGACUCUAAUGUUCAGUCAUUCUUGAUCAUAUAAUUAAAAAAAUAAACAAACAUUUCCUGCCUCUUUGUUGUUUAAAAAAAAUAUAUAUAAGUAAUCAAA